AUGGCAUUGCCAUUGGCAAAUUACUUCUCAAUUACUGAUUCAAGAAAUAAUGUCGAGAAAAUCAAAGUAAAAGCUAAGGAAGUGUUGAAUUUAACAGGUGAAGAAUGUAUCAUGGUUAAGUUUGAUAUUUAUAAUGAACCAUUUGGUGAAGCACGUAGACUUCUUUCGGUUGAAAAUAAGCUUAACAUGUGGAAUGAAGUUGAUGAUCCACUUAAAAGUAAAGUUCAAAUUAUGGAUAAGGUGUCGGACGGGAUUCCACCUGAUCAGUGGAUUUCUUUUAUUGAAUACAAUUUUAAAGAAUCAACAAAGAAAAUGCGUCAAAGGAAUCGUGAAAAUCGAAAGAAACAGACAAUUCCUCACACUGGUGGCUCCAAAGCCAAUGCUACAAGAAGGGCUGAAAUGAUGGCCGAGACUCUACAGUGGCCAGGACAAGUACAAAUGUACAUUGCUACUCAUAAGAAUCAAGAUGGAGCAUAUGUUAAUGAAGCGGCAAAAGAAAUAUGUGAAAAAAUUGAGUCAGCUUUGAGCCAAAGCACCACAGAUGAGUCUCAAGUUUCACCAAAUGAUACCGUUGGUAAGGGGCUAGGGCAAAAACACUUUGGAAGGGUGAGAUGUUUAGGAUUAGGAGUUUUUCCUAGUAGAGUUUUUCAACAAGUUAGACCUCGUUUUGGUGGUACAAGUGCAUCAAGUAGUGGAGGUUCUUGUUUGUUCCAAUGUCGAGAAAACUACAAUCAAAUAAUGAAUUCUCACAAUCAAAUACUGAGUGCUUUGAAGGAAUAUAUGAUAAUGAAAGAAGGAAUGAUACCUGAACAAUUUGUGGGGCUCUUUGAUUCUCCUUCAAUGGUUUCUCCCACAACACCAAGUGAUGUGUCCAGUGGACCCAUUUCGCCCAUGGAUGCAAGGAGAUCACGUGAUGAUUCUGAUCCUAAUGACGGUCAUUGA